GGGAUGUGGUCUUUGAUUUGGAUCAGCCAAUUGUGUUGUUGUGUGGUGGUGGAUUCCCCGGUCGUUGUCGUCGCCGGAGCGCCGGCCGGAAGAGAUCGGGACGAGGACGAGGACGAGGACGAUCGACGGGGUGUGGUAGCUGAGCACGCUCUUCCCCGUCGCCAGCUCCAGCAGCAGCACCGCCAGCCCGAGAAACGCGAUCCGCCCGUUCAGCCUCUCGCUGUAAGGAGUGAAUCCGAAUUCCACUUUCAAGCAUGCUGAGACCGGCUCCUUCAGCGGGACCGGAGGAAGGUAGAGGGCCGCGCCGGAGG